AUGUCUGGCGAAGAAGAUCUCAUUGACUACUCCGACGAUGAGGGUCUUGAUGCUACCAAAGAAACCCCUGCCGUUGCCGCUAACGGAGAUGCUGCGGCUAAAAAGGCUGACGCGACUGCUGCCGCCGGUGGUCCUGCUGCCGACAAAAAGGGCUCCUACGUCGGUAUUCAUUCUACUGGUUUCCGCGAUUUCCUUUUGAAGCCUGAGCUUCUCAGAGCUAUCGUCGACUGCGGUUUCGAGCAUCCUUCCGAGGGUCAGUUUUUUCUCCUCCCUACAUCUUGAAAGCAAAAUUACCCUCUUUUGUCACUCCUGUCUUCCCUCUGCAUACACGCGUCGAGUCUCCGUGGUGGUCUUCUCGUCGUCUCUCGUCUGGGUGGUGGCUACAUUCUCGCUUAGCUCGUGGAGCAUGGAGAAAGGAUGGAGAGAAUUAAGGACAGAUCACCUUUGUUUGUGAUUGAUGUAUGCAAUCACAUCCAAGCGGUAAAAAAAAAAGUCGCCUUGCCUUACGAUACCCGAGGACAUCGUCGCGACUUUUUUGUUUCGAACCGUGGUGUAUCGAGACGAUUGAGGGAUUCAUAUCAUAACCACGAAUGGUCAUGAAGGGAAGCCAUCUCCAACUGUUCAGAGUGGAAGAAGACAGAGAUCGACGAGAUAGACAUACUUCUACACACUCAUACGCAUACGCCUUUGCAUUUGAUUCCCAGUCAUCACUUUUUACAAAAUUCGGUCGGGAGUUAACAAGUAUUCGGGUUCGUUCUACAGUUCAGCAAGUUUGUAUCCCACAGUCCAUCCUCGGAACCGAUGUUCUAUGCCAGGCCAAAUCUGGGCUUGGAAAGACGGCGGUCUUCGUUUUGACCACCCUUCAACAAGUCGAUCCAGUCCCCGGAGAGGCAUCUGUCUUGAUCAUGUGCCACACUCGCGAACUGGCCUAUCAGAUCAAGAACGAAUAUGCCCGAUUCAGCAAAUAUAUGCCUGAGGUGCGGACCGCGGUCUUCUACGGUGGCACACCAAUGCAGAACGACGUUCAGGUUCUUAAAAAUAAGGACCAGCACCCACAUAUCAUUGUUGCCACCCCGGGACGAUUAAACGCUCUUGUCAGGGACAAGCACCUAAGGUUGGGUAGUGUUAAAGUAUUUGUCUUGGAUGAAUGUGACAAGAUGCUUGAGCAAAUCGGUCAGUUCGGAGCACAUUUCUCUCACUUGUUGACACAUGGAUUGCUAACGUCUUUCCCCGGCUUAGAUAUGCGUCGUGAUGUUCAGGAAAUUUUCCGGGCCACUCCUCAACAGAAGCAGGUCAUGAUGUUUUCAGCUACCCUUUCCCAGGAUAUUCGUCCCAUCUGCAAGAAGUUUAUGCAGUCUCCGCUUGAGAUCUAUGUCGAUGAUGAAACCAAGCUCACUCUCCACGGUCUUCAGCAAUAUUAUGUCAAGCUUGAGGAAAAGGAAAAAAAUAGAAAACUUAAUGAACUCUUGGACCAGCUUGAGUUUAACCAAGUCAUUAUUUUCGUCAAGAGCACCAUCAGGGCCACUGAACUCAACAGACUUCUAAACGAAUGCAAUUUCCCAAGUAUUGCGGUUCAUAGUGGUAUUGCCCAGGAAGAACGGUAAGAUUUUAUCGUCACGUCGGCAAACUCCCGUAAUGUAAGCUAACCCAGUGCAGUAUCGCCCGAUACAAGCAAUUCAAGGAAUUCAAUAAACGCAUCUGUGUUGCUACUGAUGUAUUUGGCCGUGGCAUUGAUAUCGAGCGCAUCAAUCUGGCAAUUAAUUACGAUCUCCCUGCCGAUCCGGACUCCUACUUGCAUCGUGUGGGACGUGCCGGCAGAUUUGGAACCAAGGGAUUGAGCAUCUCAUUUGUAAGCUCUAAGGAAGAUGCUGAGGUCCUUGACAAAAUCAUGGAGCGUUUCGAGGUUAGCUUGGAUGAAUUCCCUGAAGGCGGAAUUGAUUCUAGCUCGUAAGUUUCCCUAUUUGACGAUUAUGACAUAACUAUGCCCGUGCUAACUGGCUAUAGUUACAUGAAUACCUAAAUUUGACAAAGGUUUCCUUGUUUGAGUGCAUCCUGUUGGGAUUCUGGAGGGAUUUUUUUUUCAAAAAAAAAAUUUAGGUCCUCAUUAAUAAACAUGCGGUUGGGGUUAGGAAAGGUGUUUUACACGUGUGGGAAGAUCGGUGAUACGUUACCUGGGCAUCGUUAUUGCUUUUUUUUUUUUUUUUUUGUUUUGUUUAGGACACAUUCCCUUAAUCGGCCUCGAGGCAAAUUAAGCGUUGGUAUUCAUGUUAUUUUUGCUACCAGUUUUACCUUGCUCCGUAUACUUCAUGUACCUGAUGUCUUUCUUCCUCAUGGGGGGGUUUUUUUUUGUUCAGUUGAGGACAUAGUUGAUUCAAUCAAAAGAUAGUGCUCGCACCUACGAUGUCAGGUGUCCACGAGAUGGUUUUGCGCACGUCUGCGUCUUAUCUUGUUUACCCGCAACACUGGGUAUAUGGUAUUAUUUCUUGUAUGCUGUGGGAACCGGCUGGCAAUGUGUUGGCAUACAAGAUGGUGGUUUCUAAAUGGCUGAUGUUUACAGACUCCUCCCCCACGAGCUCUUCAGAUGGUUGUCCCUGGCUGCUCCCCUACCCGAUUGUGCGCUUUUCGUGGGAUUUGAAUUGCUAUAGCUUGCUCGGGUGUGUGUGGGUCUAAUGGAGGAAACCCAAGAUUUUCAGUAUGCCGGGUGGUUGCGUUUUCUCGACUUGUGUGUGGGUGACAUGCCGGCAGGGCAGAAUGUGGAUAAGAGAUGUGGGUGCUUUGCGAAUAGCUCCAAGUCUAAGAGGUUCUACGAGAGCCGUAUGUAUCCAGUAUAAGCUCUUGCCCGGUAGGGUGGUUGGGAGGUUUUUAUCGAUAUCCUUUGUAGAUAUAGGAGGUAGUAAUUAUUCCAGUCUUGCCUUCAAGUGCCAUGCAUGGGGUGACCUUCCGU